AGUGCUAAGCUAACAGGCUAGAGGAGUGAAGAGCCCGCUGGCUGGCGAGGCAACUGGCUGACAACGCCUUGAAAAAACAUCCCGCAAACGCUGCGGUCGAGCGGCGGAACGGCGCCGCGGCUCGCGGGGCUCGUCCCCGGCUCUCGGCGACACGUGAAACGGGGAACGGCUGCUUCGAACCCGCGACGAUGUGUGGUUAAAUAACACGAUUACCUCUCGGCGCUGCUGGGACGUCAAUAUGGCGAUGCUCGGGAUCAAGAGCUUAGUGUGAACAGCCUCUCCUGCAGGGGGCGCUAUGGUUUUUUUUUCUUUUUCAUUAAGGGGGGGGGGCUCCCUCUGCCACCAACAGGUCUGAUCUGUGUGUGGUCGAGACAGAAACUUGUGUCCGCAUGCACCUACAGCAUGUUUGUGCUCAGACACAUCAGUUUUGUACGUUUUUGAACAUUGUGAAUACAUCUACCCUCAAAACUGGCACCUUUGCCCGCCACAGGCCCUGCAGAUGCCAUUAAAAUCAUGUAGGCCCUACAUUGCACUUUUAAUUUCAUUCGUAUGUGUACAGCAGGUGGUAACUCGUCCUCUUAUUUCUGCUUGCCUAAAAUAACGAUCGUCUGCACCACAAUUGACACGAAGCUCCGUUGCAAAUUGUUGCGCUCUUCAUUUUCAGGAUAUUUCCACCAGCGGUCAUUUUCUAUAGACUGGCGUUCUGCAGGGUCUGUUUUUUAAAAGGUCUUUGUUUGUUAAAAUAUAGACAAUGGUCAAUGGACAAUGGUGCAACAGACAGUGACAGAAAACAAUACGUGACCUGUGCCAUCUUUUAAAAGGCAACCUCAGUCGUUCAAAAAAAGAAAGAAGACCAUGGGAUUUUUCCUGAAGUAACCAACCACCUAUAAUCACCACAUAAUAGACAGACAGAGGAAUUCUUUAUGUGCGAUUGCAUGUUGAGGGCAUUUUGUUUCUAACUGAAUUGAUAUCAUGAAUAGGCCUUUGUAAACUUAUCAGGACUUACAGCCCUAAUUGUUGCUUCUCUUCCCGCAAGUUACACACUGUUGAACACAGACACAGCCUUUGGUGAAAUCCCAGUAUUAAACCUUGUUUCAGAGUGUAUAAUUAACCAGGACGAGAGCUAUCAGAGGUUAAAAAGCAGGGUUUGGUGGCAGUACAUAAAGGCCGGACAGCACUCUUGGUGCCAAACAGCAAGAUACAGCUGGAGCCUGCAGUCAACAAUGAUGCUCUUCAUGCGCUGUCUCCUUCUCCUUCCAUUUGCAACUGUGGUGUUGACAGCCCCCAUCAGAGCUCGACGAGAAAAUCUAUUAAGCUUCCUGAAUGAUGCGCUUGGCACAAUGACCGUACCUGCAAAAGUAACAGCUCCAACAGGAAAUAAAAACCCACCAAGGAAACCUUUGACAGAAAACGACUCUGAAGAUACGUCAGAAGAAACAUCUACAGAGAGGUUUGACACCAAUGGAUUUACAGAAGCCAAAGUGCCUGGUAACAAAGGAGCUGAGAGUAAAGAUGCAGUCAAAGACCUUGGAAGCAAUGAGGUGAUGAUUUCUAAAGCUGUGGUUGAUAACGCACCAUCACAAAGGAAAACAGCCGAAGACGAAGGCAGUGAGAGGCCCAUGGAUAUGAGCCGAAGACUGGAUCAGGACCAUGGGAGCAGAGUGCGCACUGAUCUUAACAGUGAGGAAGGAACGACAGUGGAUACACGGGACGGGAAUUUGUCAGGGAGACAAGUUUUCCGCUCAAGUGGCCAUCUCCAACGAAAGGCAGAAGCAAUGACUGGGUUGAAUGCUAUGUUGACCCCGGGCCACAGCAGAGAAAUGCAAGACUGGGACAGUUUGGAGCAGAACAACGGCAGACUGGCUGUGGUCGGAAACAGCAGACAUACGGACUACGACGAAACCAGGGAAUAUAUCAGCUCGGAAACAUAUCCAAUAGAAAAAUUGCCCAGUCACUUGUCUGUCCCAGCCAAAAGCCGAGCGUCCUGGUAAUCACAUGAUUCUGUUUCUUCCUCAAUAUGAGUCAGUGGCCGCCAUCUGUUGACUCACAGGGGGCAGACAGGCUGCUUCCAAAUACAGUCACUUCUGGGACUUUUUGAUCCAAAUUUAGAUUUUUAUGUCAUUUUUGCUCCGAGACAUGUGUAGAAAUAUAGAACAUAAAGAGGUUUCGAUAAUUUUGUGUGGCUUUUAGUGGGUUAAACUGUAGUAUUAGAAAUAACUUUAAACAAGAGUCUCGCUGAGCCUAGAAUUUGUUGAUUUUAUCUCAGUAUCUCAAGUGUUAGUGUAUGUUCACUGUAAUGUGAAAAAGAGUAUGUAACCUUCUGAAAUAUAAAUAUGAAUACAAAA